AUGGCGCACAUUCAAGAUCUAGCUGCUUUGAUCAAGCCGGCCUAUGUCGGAGGGCGGAAGGUUGAUGAUCGGAUCAAGUUUCCCGAAACCGGUGCGUUUCAAGGUAUGAAUGGGCCCUCACGUCUCGAGGGCGACAUCUUCCAGCUCGAGAUUGACGGCGCCAUUCCUCCCGAAAUCAGCGGAACUUUCUACCGCAUCCAGCCUGACCACAGAUUUCCACCCCAAUACGAAGACGACAUCCACUUCAACGGCGACGGCAACAUCACAGCCAUUCGUAUUGAAGGAGGUAACGCUGAUUUCAAGCAGCGAUAUGCAAAGACAGAUAAAUAUCUUGCCGAAAAUGCGGCGAAGAAGAGUCUCUUCGGCCGCUACCGCAAUCCCCAUACCGAUAACGAAGCAGUGAAGGGAGUCAUCAGAACAGCGGCCAAUACAAACAUCAUCUUCUGGAGAGGAAUGCUGUUGGCGACUAAAGAGGAUGGACCGCCCUAUGCCAUGGAUCCUGUGACCCUGGAAACAAUCGGACGAUACGAUUUUGAUGGUCAAGUUCAAUCACCAACAUUCACUGCACACCCAAAAAUCGAUCCUGAGACAGGUGAAUUGGUUUGUUUUGGAUAUGAAGCUGGUGGUAAUGGCAACGAUGGAUCUUGCGAUAUCGUCGUUUAUACCAUCAGCGCGGAUGGUAAGAAGACUGAAGAGGCCUGGUAUAAGGCACCCUUCUGCGGCAUGGUACACGAUUGUGGAAUUUCCAAGAACUAUGUCGUUUUGCCGAUGACUCCAUUAAAGUGCAAUACAGACCGCCUGGAGGCCGGUGGGAACCACUGGGCGUGGGACCCAAAUGAAGACCAGUGGUAUGGAAUUGUACCAAGGAGAGGAGGAAAGACGGAAGACAUCGUGUGGCUGAGAUCCAAUAAUGCAUUUCAUGGUCACGUCGCAGGUUGCUAUGAGAAUGAAGAUGGAAAGGUGGUCUUUGACCUGACUGUCGCCGACGGUAACGUCUUCUUCUUCUUCCCUCCGGAGGAUGCGCCUCAUACAGACUUGGCCAAGAGAAACGUACUCCAGAGCCCGACAUGCCGAUGGAUCUUUGACCCGCAGGCGCCUACGGGCUCAAGAGUACAACCAGAAGUACAGUGGGAUACAAGUGGAGAGUUUUCCCGGAUAGACGAUCGCUAUGUUUGUAAGCAGUACAACCAUUUCUGGCAGGCCAAAAUUGAUCCUACUAGGGAAUUUGACGGAGCAGCUUGCGGAUCGCCAGCUGGCGGGCUGUUCAAUUGCAUUGGUCAUUACACGUGGAACGAUCGAACAGAAGACGUAUACUGGGCUGGGCCACGGGCAACCUUUCAAGAACCAACCUUCAUCCCAAAGGAGGGAGGCACAGAGGGAGAAGGUUGGAUUAUUGCUCUUUUCAACCAUCUUGAUAAGCUUCGGAAUGAUAUUGUCAUUUUGGACGCUCUCAACGUGGCAGCUGGGCCAGUUGCAACGAUUCAUCUCCCAUUCAAGCUACGACUCGGCCUGCACGGUAACUUUGUUGAUCGGCGUGAUAUCGAUGAAUGGAAAAAGCGACGGGCUACUGGAGGUGACGUGGGACCAGAGAACUACAUCAACACUGGCCGACGACAUCCCGCUCUCCUUCGGGCGGAUGGAACAGACGAUGUCGAUCUACUGUGUAAGCUCAUCAGACAGGUCCGCGAACGCGGCUACUUCAGCAAUGCAUUCAUACAUCCCGGGCUGAUGCGCAGUGUUGAGCGCGGUUGUGUCGCAGCCCUGGAAUAUCUCCUUCAGAUCGGUGCUGACCCUAACGCGUCUUCUUCCAACAAGAGGUUUUUGGCACUAUUUUGCGCCAUCCAUAGAGGACACGAGGAGAUUGUUCGUCUUCUUUUAGACUAUGGUGCUUCGCCGGACGUCUUGGAUGAGCAUCAGCGUACGCCACUUAUGACAGCCGCAUGGAAAAACAAGACGAAGAUCUUACAGUUACUGAUCAGCCCUGGCGCAAAUAUCAAUGCGACAGAUUCCAAGGAAAGAAAUGUUUUGCAUAAUCUUGCAGCGGAUCGAGAGUGUCGACCUCUUGUCAAUAUACAUGCUACGGAGUUACGAGGUGAAACCGCGCUUCAUUUAGGCGCAGCCCAAGGUUGGGUCGGUAUUGUGCAGCUUCUCCUGGCAAAGGGUGCUUCUGUGACGGCCGUCGGCGACGGUAAUUGGACUCCUCUUCACAACGCCUGUAAUGGUGGAAAUGUGGCCGCCGUGCGCACUCUACUGCAUUAUGGUGCCUCCGUGAACAGUCAACUCGAAAAUGGAGGCACUCCCUUACAUCUUGCUGCACGACUUGGCCAUCUUGAGGUGGCUGUAUGCCUUCUAGAACAACCGGACUUGAAGUACAAUCUCCGCGAUAAUUUGGGAGAUACCCCCUUCUCCCGUGCGGUCAAGUUCACAAGAAAGAGUAUUUUACAUCUGCUAGCUCCAUCCAACCGUUUCAACAAACUUUCCGAUGUCCAAUAG